AUGCAUGAGAAGAACCAGACAUUGGUCAGUGAGAUUGUCCUCUUGGGAUUUCAGAAUCUCCACAAUUUUAAGAUUCCCCUGUUCUCUCUAUUCCUUCUGAUUUACAUUAUGACAGUUUGGGAGAACAUCCUCAUCAUAGUGUUGGUGUCAUCCAGCUGGAAUCUCCAGUCCCCCAUGUACUUCUUUCUCCGACAGUUGUCCCUAUGUGAUCUAAUGGAGUCCUCAAGCACUGCACCUGUUCUGCUCCAAACCAUAAUCAGUGAUGGUAUCACAAUGUCCCUUGUUGGCUGUAUCUCACAACUGUAUUUUAUUGCCUACUCAGAAACUUUUCAGUCAUUCCUUCUAGCAGUAAUGUCCUAUGACAGAUAUGUGGCCAUCUGUAUCCCACUGCGUUACACUUCUAUAAUGUCCCACAGGGUUUGUGUAAAUAUUAUCCUAAUGGUUUGGAUCAUUAGUCUUAGCUCUACAUUGGUAACGUCGAAUAUGAUAGGGUCCCUAAAGUUCUGUAAACAGAAAAACAUCAAUCAUUUUUUCUGUGAUUUCGAUCCUCUUCUACAACUUUCCUGUACAGAUACCUUCUUUGUGAAAACAGAAGUCAUUUUAAUAUCUAUCCCAGUGAUUAUUUGCCCCUUUAUAUUCAUCACUGUAUCAUAUAUAUGUAUUGCCCAUGCAAUCCUAAAGAUAGUGUCCAAUACCGGGAGACAAAAAGCCUUCUCCACCUGCAGCUCCCACUUGGCUGUGGUCUUCUUAUUCUAUGGGAUUCUAAUUGCUAUUUACGUGGUUCCCCCCAGAAAAGAAACACCGUCCAUAAGCAAAAUUCUCUCUGUGUUGUACACUGUAGGGAUUCCUUUUGUUAACCCAGUUAUUUACAGCUUCAGAAGUAUGGAAAUAAAAAAAAGUCUUGAAAAUGCUGUAUUAAGAAAAUUGCAAUGGACAAGUUCAAAAAGAAAAAGCAGUUGA